AUGGACGAUUACGCCCGGGAGAUGAUGGAGCUCAAGACGCUCGUUACCCGCACCCUCGAGAAGAAGGGUGUCCUCGCCAAGAUUAGGGCUGAGCUAAGAGCAAGUGUGUUUGAAGCCAUUGAAGAGGAGGAUCGGGUGGUAGAGAAUGAUGAUGGCGGGAAUCCUGCAUUGCUUGGUAGCUGUAAUGACCGAGCUAAGCAACUGCAUGCUUCACCUUCAGGUAGGUUACUAACUGCACUUGUAUGUGAAUACUUGGAGUGGGCUCAACUAAGUCACACAAUGAAAGUUUACUUGCCAGAGUGUAACCUGCCCAAGGACUUCUGGAAGAAUGAACUGAAAGACUUUUCUAACAAAAGUGGAGCUGAGGGGAGCAGGAGUGCUGAAAGUGGUCCAAUGCUUUUAGAUGUUCUUGAAGGUUAUCUGAAAUAUGAGAAUUUGUCUCAAACAAGGAUGGGUGGCAGGAGGAUGAUGAGUUCAGAGUCUGAUCCAUCUCUAAAUGCUGAACAUCGGAGCAUGAGGAGGCCACCAUCAGCGUCAGUUGGGAGCCUGCCUCCUAUGGGGAGGCCAAUCUCUUCGUCGCAGGCAUCAGAUCGCAGAGGGGGAUCUUCAGCUUCCAAUGACACAAGGAAAGAUGAGUACAACUGGAGAUACGAUGCCGAUGAUAUAUCUGAAGAGGUGCUGCGGGCAUCGGCUGCUCUAGAAAGUGUCCAGUUAGACCGGAAAUCUCAGAAUCUGCCAACAUCUUGGAGGCAUUCAGUGGAUGGCGCCGAGUAA